CGUAGGCUACUAUGUCCUGACUUCACCCUGAAGCGCCCCCAGUACAGUAGGAUAUAUUUCGUGAUCACAUAUUUGUGUCCUUGGUGUAGGCCUAUGAUAGGCAUAGAAUAAAUUUGGACUGAAAUAUGUAAAUCACACCACAAAGACAGCAAGCAAAGACCCAUUGCGUUUAUCCAUAGGAGGAAAACUAGAUGAAGUAGAGGCGAACACAGUAGGUCGAAUUGGACUUCGUUUGUUCUCCACCAUGUGAAAAAAUCAUAAGGGCAAGACAGUCGGAAUUUAAUGAACACAACUCUACAGUUGACAGUGAGCCACUGCGUGGCAUUAUAGAUUGUGGUCACCGCAGAGUCGAGGCUUGCACCUGCAGAGACUGCAGUGAGGUCUUCGAUGUUCACGCAUGCCUGUGACCUAGAUGCGGGUAGCCCCGCAGUCUCUUUAAUCACCGCGGUGUGUGUGUGUGUGUGGGAGGGAGGGGGGGCUUAACGGGUUGUGGGGGGGUUCUCUUGUCUAGCAAGUGAGAAAAUGGAGAAAAGGGGAGUCCAACAAUCACUUUUACGUCAACCGUGCGAUGUGGGCGUGAAGCAGAGAGAGUAAAAAAAGCGAGGCAUCACCGCCCUCGCUUUACGGGGUGCACCACUUCCCUCCUCUGUGCCUCAACGUGUAAAAAGGCGAACAGAGGAAGGGGAAGACUCCGUGAAUCACUGCUCCAAGUUCACAGCAAUGUUCCAUGUUGGGUCUUGGCGAUAAUUUUUCCUCCCAACUAUUUAAGAUCGGUAUACCGUAUAAUGGUUUUACAUCACGUAGGAUGGGAUUAACUUUGAGGGGAAGAUAUAUCUUGUUGUUUCUUGCUGUCCAAAUAGCAUAUCUACUGCAGGCAGUAAGGGCAGCAGGGAAAUGUGAAACUGUAUUCAAAGGCUUCUCAAACUGCCUUCUUGAACUUGGAGAACACAUGGCCAACUAUCCACAGGAGUUGGACGAGAAGGAGAAUAUCCAGAAAAUCUGCGGAUUCUGGGAUGGUUUCCAUUCGUGUGCUACAACUGCGCUUGCAGACUGCCAAGAGGGAGCGACAGAUCUCUGGGAGAAGCUUAAAAAGGAGUCAAGAAAUCUGGAGUUCCGAGGGAGUUUGUUUGAACUCUGCGGUGGCGCGAAUGGCGCGUCCACAUCAACCAUACCUUUCGGCCUUGCUCUACUUCUAACGGCCUUUUCUACCCUGGUGACAUGGCUUACAUUUUAGCACCCCCUCCCCCCCCCCUCCCCAAACAAAAAAAAGGAAAAAGAAAACAGAAUUAACACGAGAGAAUAAAUGCAACAAAGAAAAAGAGUAAAAAAGAUUAACACAACCAUCUCGGAAAAACGCUGAUGAGAAGACAAACUUACACGCAAAUGGAUAUCUACGUCUUGCAGAGGUGACGGCCGGAUUUUGCGUGACAACAGCCUUACCGCCUUCACUGAGUACUCCAGCAUAUUUGCAUCAUUUGCAGAGGGGAAAGGAAAAGGGACAGCGUAUCGAUAUGGGCACACAGCCUUAUUAAAUAUUCACCGAGUAUUGAGUUGAAAUUAUUGAAUUUUGAUGGCCUUCGCUCGCACACGUCGUGGAAUCAACAUCAAGUCUACAAUUAGACUACCCGUGUAAGCCAUGGCCAGCUUCAUCAAGGGUCUAAUAGCACAUUUGAAAUAACACAUCAAAUUACACGCAUACCUGUACUAAAAUUCGAAUCAGCAUUUUGCUUUCGGUCGGCCUCCGUAUUAAUUCCUUUGGGUUUUUUCAAAUAUGAAAUAUUCAAAUUUUGUAUGGUUCUGUCAAGCCAAGUAUAAAUGGACAUGAUGUGUUGAAGAUACGACGUCUGUAGCUGAUGUUAUGCUCAUAAGGUUAAUACGAUUGUAAGAAAAUACCCAUUUCUAAAUCUGUCCAAAUUAAAGCUGAAACUCAGGAAGGACAGCAUUCCCAUGAUGAGGGUACAGAGCACCCUUUUCAUUGGCACUAUAAAGGUAUAGCCUACUUAAUGGUUGGGAAUUAUAUUUAUGGAAGAAGAACAGUUGGCCUAACUAAUACAACACUACAUUCAAAUUGACCUAAAGCCAGACCUGGGCAGCUGUGAUGGGGUAUUUCGUUUGCCAUUUAUGUUCUAGCACAAUUCCACUUUUCAGAGAAAACUGAGUAGGGGUAACCUUCAUUUGAAAUGAGUCUAAUACUAAACUACUUCCAAAAGUACCGUAGCACGACAGUAUUCAGAUCUCCGCACAUUAGCUGACAGAAGUAACAAUUUGCUGGAUAUAUAUUUGAUGUUGCCAAGGCAUAGAUCCCGUUUCACUGCCUUCAGAAGAGAUGUGUAUUUUGUUUGUAUGUUCCGUCCAUUUGUUAAAAUACAAGUAAAUAAGAGACAAUGUAUGUGAAAUGAAUUUAAGAGAGAUUAUUUAAAAAGGUUUUAAAACAGUCAUUAGCUAGCCUAAUAGACAUACGCAGGUAUAAAAUCAGAUUCUUAAAAAUAACAAGAUUAAAUAAAACCCAUUACUGUUUAAA